CAACACAACACCACCAUGUCUCCGCACUUCAGCUACACCUCUGUACACCACAGCGGCUUCCCUGAGAAAGACAACCUCCGACAGUUGAGGAAGCCCAGAGUGGAGAAGAUGCGACGGGACCGCAUCAACACCUGCAUCGAUCAGCUCAAGCUCCUCCUGGAGACGGAGCUCCACCAACAGGAGCCCAACGCCAAGCUGGAGAAGGCUGACGUCCUGGAGAUGACCGUCUGCUUCCUGAGAAGGCAGCUCAUGCACACGCCCGGAGGCCUGGACCUGCUCUCCUCUGUGGGACCCAGUAGAGAGACCUCCGUCUCUGCCGCUCCUCCUCCUCCUCCUUCUCCCUCCUCGUCUCUCCAUGGUCUCCGCAUCUCCUCCACCCUGACGCUCAGACCCACAGGCAGCAGCAAGUCUCUGGUCUGGAGGCCCUGGUAG